AUGGGAUCAAGAGAUGAGGUGCAGCGUGGAGUUAGGAAAAGAAUUGGAAAUGAGAAAAGCACCAACAUUUGGGAAGAUGCUUGGCUACUGGAUGGGAAGGAAAGAAAGGUAGAAGCCCCAAAACCCUUAGGAUGCAAGAUCACAAAAGUUAGCGAGCUGAUCUCCAACUUCAGAUGGAAAGCACCACUCAUCUUCCGGACCUUUAGCCCACAUGAAGCUACGAAUAUACUCAAAACGUCUAUAAGUGUGACAAGUAUACCUGAUUGCUACUUCUGGAGUCAUAGCACAAAUGAAAAAUACACAAUCAAAUCUGCUUAUGAAGCUUUUACCAAGAAGAAUAGGCAGUCUAAUGCAGAAGUGAGCAGAUUGGGAGAAAGAAGUUGGACAAGGGGAGCAACAAAAUCUGGAAACAGCUAUGGAAAAUACGAAUAA